AUGGAUAAAAUACGCGAAAAAUUUUGUGAAGCACAACAACGAACAUUUUCGACAUCGGAUCAACGAUUACGAACUGAAUCAGUUAUUUUCGAUAAUAAAUUUUCUCAGUCAUGUUUACAAUCAGCAAAAUUAGAAUAUAUUGAAACCUAUGAUGAUGAUGUUUAUAUUCUUUGGUUAACAAAUAACGAGAAAAUGGAAACUGAAUUAUUAAAUGAUAUAAAAAUAAGAAUAUUUCAUUCAAAUAAUGAUCUUAUUGAUUUUAUUAGUGAAUUACAAACAUCAAAUAUAUUUGUAAUUAUUGAUUAUGAGUUGGUAUCAAAUAUUUUAUCAUUUUUGGAUGAUUUUUCCCAAAUUUUAUUUUUAUAUAUUUUAAAAUCCGAAGAAAUUAUUGAUACAUUAGUAAUAACCGAUUCGAAAAGAUCAAUUCGUCAAAUAUGUGAUAAUAAAACGAAACUUUUGAAAUUCAUUCUUGAAGAUAUUGAAAUAUGUACAAAAGAUUUUAUAUGUUCAAGUAUAUUUGAUAUAACAAUAAAGGAAGAAUCAACCAAUCAAACAAAUAAUCUUUCAUUUAUUUGGUAUUAUCUUUUAUUAGAAAAUCUAUUUCAUUUAAAUGUUUAUAAUCAUCGAGCAAAAGAAGAUUUAAUCGAAUAUUCUCGUCAACAAUAUUUCAAUAAUCUAAUGCGACAAAAUCAAAUAACACAAUUUGAAAAUAAAUAUAAAUCAGAAGAUGCUAUUCAAUGGUAUACAUCUGAUUCAUUUAUUUAUCGUUUAUUAAAUAAAGCUUUACGAACACGUGAUAUUGAUCAAAUUUUUAAAUUUCGACUUUUUAUUAUUGAUUUUCAAAAACAACUUGAACAACAUUAUAACAAAGAAAUAAUAAACUCGACGGAAAUUUUUUAUCGUGGACAAGAUAUAUCUUAUUUCGAAAUAAUUAAAUUAAAAAAUAGUAUACGAAAAUAUAUUUCAUGUAAUACAUAUUUAUCAGCAUCACGUGAUAAAGCAAUUGCUUUGAUAUAUGCAAGUGGUUCCACAUCAGUUUUAUUUGAAAUUGAAGUGAAUUUUUCUACAUGUAUUCAAAAUCAACGAGUUUAUCCUGUAUGUGUACAAGAUAAAAGUUGUUUUCCCGAUGAAUAUGAAGUAAUCUUUCCAAUUGGUUCAACUUUUUUAAUAAAUUCAGUUGAAAAAAAAGAUAAUCAAUGGAACAUUAAAUUAAAAUUAAUAGAUGAUAAUGAUUAUAAUGAAAUAGUUGAUGUUAUUCAAGCAAUAUAUAUGAAACAGAUACCAUCUAAAGUCCAAUUUGCUUAUCUUAUUAUUUUAUUAGGCGAUUAUGAAAAAGGUGAAAGAUUUAUUGAAAUGUUAAUUCAAGAUUUACAAUUAACUUCUGACAAUAAAAAUUUAGCUUAUGCUUAUGAUUUUAUUGGUCAAAGUCAAUAUAAAAAAGGUUAUUAUCAAAAUGCAUUAUGUUAUUUUUUUAAAUCAUUAGAUUAUAUUGAAGAAGAUAAUAUAUAUUGUGUAAAUAUAUAUUGUAAUCUUGCAACUUUAUAUUGUGAUAUGAAAGAAUAUAAUAUUUCUUUACAAUAUUUAGAUCAAGCAUUAAAAUAUAAACAUCAAACAGAUGGAUUAAAACUGGCAGAUUUAUAUGAUAUAUUUGGUAAUGUUUAUAAAGAAAUGGGUCAUUUUGGUACAGCUUUGGAUUAUUUCAAUCAAUCAUUAGAAAUUCGACGAUCAAAUAAAUCUACUCAUCGUAGUUUAUAUUGUACAUAUUUUUCUCUUGCAUUACUUUAUCAAGCAAAAUUUGAUUAUAUUUUAUCAUGUAAGUUUUUUAAACAUUCAUUAAAUAUUGCAUCGGAAGUUUUACCAAAAACUCAUCCAUUUUUUGUUAUUUUGCAUGCAUAUAUUGGUUUUAUACUUUUUAAAUGUAAUGAGUCUUCAUUAGCAUUGAUUCAUAUACGAAAAGCUUUAGAUUUAAUAGAAAUUACUAAACAAAAUUUGAAUCCUGUUAUACAUAUAUCUAUUUGCAAUACACUUGUAGACUUCUACAUAUUAGAUCGUGAUUUAAACAAUGCAUUUUACUAUGCUAAGCAAGCCUUUACAAUCUAUAAUCAAUUUAAAAACAGCAUAAUAAAAGCUGAUUCUAUUAUAAGAAUUAUAUAUAGAAAUAUGGGAUUAAUUUAUCAAAAAAUUUGCGAUUACAUUUCUGCAUUAGAUUUCUUUUUAAAAACGUUGAAUUUUUCGAUCACUGAUAACGAUCGAAUAGAAGUAUUCUACGAUAUCGGAAUGGUUUAUCUCGAUCAAAAUAAUACAGAACAAGCAUUGCAUUAUUUUAAUCAAUCACUUGAUCUGAUUUCGAACAAUAUUCCUUCAACUGAAAAUGAAGAUAAAGUUUGCUAUAUUUAUUAUCAUAUGGCUACUAUAUAUAAACGUGAAAAUAAUUUGGAUAAAUCUAUAUUUUUCAUUAAUAAAGCAUUAGAAUUACGAUCACAUCAAGGAAAUAAAGACUAUGGUUUUUUUAUUCUUAAUUGUUAUACAAAAUUAAUAUUCUUAUGUCCUGACAAAAUAAAAACAUAUAUAGAAGAUAUUCUUAAUAUUUUAGAAAAUUAUGAUUUAGGAACUAAUUAUAGAUGGCUUUAUUAUAUUAUCAUUGGAAAUUAUUACAGAGAUCAAAAUGAUAUUUCUAAGGCAAUUUUUUAUUAUAAAUUGUCUGUAGAAGAUCAAUUAAUGUGUUUCCCACCAUCUUAUCACCAAUUGAUUGAUACAUAUUUAUAUAUUGGUGAUGCAUAUAAGUCAGUAAGUACAGAUGUUUCAGAUGAAGCAUUAUUUUAUUAUGAAAAAUGUCGUGAUGUUUAUGUGAAAUUAUUAACAAUGGAGAAAAUACCGAUCAAUGAUGUAUCACAAAUAUGUUCAAGUGAAGGAUAUAUUUUAGAAAAUAUUAAUCAAAGUUCACAUAUGAUGGAUACAAUGGUUCAUGUUUAUUAUAAUAUUGCAACAUGUUAUGUUCAAAAAGAAAAUUAUCAACAAGCUUUAAAUCAUCUUCAAAACAUAGAAGAAAGAUUUAAUGAAUACAAAGGACAAAAAGAACUAACGACACAAAACAUAAUGUAUUUUUCACUUGGUUCUAUAUACUUAUCAAUGCAAUAUCAUAAUGAAGCAAUUAUCUGUUGUGAAAAACAUCUAACAUUUCUAUUAAAUGAUUCCAAUCAAUAUGGUUAUACCUUUGUCAUAAUUGCUCAUGCUUAUCAGCUUAAAAAAGAAUAUUUAAUGUCAAUAUCAAAAUGUAAAAUUGCAUUAACAUUGUUACAUAAUUCAGAGUCUAUUGACCAUGAAAAACUAGCUCAAUGCUAUAUUAUAGUAGCAAUAUCUUAUCAAAAUUUAGAAAAUAAUAACUAUGCUUUUAUUUAUUCGAAAAAUGUAAUCAAACAUCGUUUGUUAUGUGAUCCAAUUGAUUAUGAUUUGAUCAUAUCAGCAUAUGUUCUUGGUACAGAUUAUCUAUAUUCUUCAAGACGAUGGAAUUGUAGGGAACCACUAAACUAUAUUCUAUCAGCAAUGAAAUAUAGUUCGUAUGAUUUAAAAGAUAAUUCAUUAGGAGAUCUUUAUGAAUCAAUUGGUUUCUUUUACUUUUUAAAUGGAAUAUAUAAUACUGCUCUGUAUUAUGACAAUAAAGCACUUGAAUAUUCAAAAAAAGCUGAUAAUAUUAUUAAUAUUUAUGGUCGACAGUGGUUAUGUUUUGAAUUAAAUGGUCAAAUAGAUCAAGCAUAUAAUAUUAUAAAAAAGAAAAUAAAUUAUCAAUUCAAUUCGAAGACUAAUUGUUUUAUCAAUAUUUCAAACUCAUACAUUGACAUGGGUAUGACUUGUCAUCGACUCGGAAAUUAUAAAUUAGCGUUAAAAUGUUAUCGAUUAGCGUUCUACAUUCUUCAUAUAUAUCAAAAUAAUAAAACUCAUGAAAACUAUAGUCGUAUUUAUACUAAUAUUGGUAGAAUUUAUCUCGAAUAUGGUCAAGUAAAUGAUGCAUUGAAAUUUUGUUCAAAAGCGCGAGAUAUUUAUUUCUCGAAUAAAGAUAAUACAUUUUUCCCUAUUCUUAUUUAUAUUAAUUUAGGUUUGAUUGAAUGUAAACUUAAAAACUAUUAUGAAUCAUUAGAUUAUUUUGGAAAAGCAUGGGAGUAUCUAUUUAAUGAAAAUCUUCAUUAUCAUCUCUUUUAUCGAAUUUUAUACAAUUAUAUUGGGUUUGUUUAUUUUAAACUUGGACAAAUACAGAUAGCUAUUAAAUACUAUUUAAAAUCUUUAUCAUUAUUCAAUAAUAUUAAAAACCAUUCAGAUCUUGCGGUAAUUUAUCAAAAUAUUGGUUCGAUUUAUGAGCAAGAGAAAAAAACAUAUCCAAUUGCAUUAAAAUUCUAUAAACGUGCUUUAGAAGUUGUUCCAAACAAUAAACAUCCGAAUUAUAUUUUCUAUAAAAGUAUGAUUGUUACAUUAGAAAAAAAACUGAAAAGAAAAAUGAGUAUUUAA